GAUAUACCAAAUUGUCACAAAGUACAAUAGAUUUAGUCAUUCGAGCUGGAUGUGAACCAACGAACUAUGUAACAAUUAAUUGGUAACCAAUUUAUCGAUUACUUAUGGUGAAUGUUUUAAUUAUAUUAUAAUUAAAACAUUUAUCAAUCAAUGAUAUUUACGCAACUAUUGUUUUAAUAUAGAUCUUCGUAAAGUGUCUGUGAACUUCAAUCAAAACACCAGUUAGUUUAUUUACUUGCUGAUUAGUGUCCCAUUGCUAUCAAUGUACCAUGUUCUAUUUACUUCCACACGAUCCCCUAAAGAAAACAUCGAUUUCUGCUGAAUUCGCUACGUAGAGCUUAUCUCAUAACAUAUCCGUGUCUUGACCGCUUAAUCGAUUGUCAUAUUAAAUAUUUGACAUGGAGAAGAUCACAGUUCACGUUAAAUAAUUUCUACAAAACUUUGAUUAUAAUAAAAUUAUGCUAUGAUUAUUCUCAGCAUGCUUACAUAGCGUUAGAAUAGAACCUUUUGAAGGGUGCUGAUCACAUGACAUAAGAGUACUUCUAAUAAGAUAUAAAAAUAUUGUACUAAAACAAUUUAAAUGUAUUUUAAUAAUAUAGCAAUUUGGUGAUAUUAUUGUUAAUUGAAAUGAAAAUGACAAACCCAAUUCGGAAUAAUUACUAGACAGCUGUACAAGUAUCUUUCUUUUCCCCAAACUAAUGGAUACAGAUUAAUAAAAAAAAUAAAAAUGUCAAACUUGCUUAAAAACGUCCACGAAGGAGCUCUCAAUGUUUUUAGUUCUGAAAAUACUUAUUUAGUUUCAGGAACGUAUGAAUAUUAUCAUUAUUUGUGUGAUGGAUUUGAUGACAAGGGUUGGGGAUGUGGCUACAGAACUUUGCAGACAAUAUGUUCCUGGAUGAACUACAACCAUCAGAAUAAGGAUGUUCCCUCAAUCAGAGAAAUACAGGAUAUUCUGGUGCAAUUAGAAGAUAAGCCAAAAUCAUUUUUAGGAUCAAGACAAUGGAUUGGCAGUUUUGAAGUAUGUCUGGUUAUAGAUAAGUUGUAUGAUGUCCCAUGUAAGAUAGUACAUGUGAAUAAAGGAGAUGAGUUGCAGAAAAUAGUUGACAUUCUAGUGAACCACUUCAAGACGUUUGGGAGCCCCAUAAUGAUGGGUGGAGACAUUGAUUGUUCAUCUAAAGGAAUCAUGGGCAUACAUUUGGAUGAAAGGGAUGCAAGUUUAUUGAUAGUGGAUCCACAUUAUGUUGGCAAAGAACAGACACAAGAAUUUCUUUUUAAUAAGGGUUGGGUAAAGUGGCAACCACUACGGGACUUCUUAAGCUCUUCUUUUUACAAUUUAUGCCUACCACAAGUUAAAGCACAGUGUAAAAAUACAAGAAAUUACAUUACAUAAUGAUGAUAUGUAAAUAUAGACAUAUA